GAUAUAAGAUCAUUCUUUGUUUCAAAAAAAACUGGAAAGGUCAAAGUUGAAGAGGAUGAUGAUGACAUUAUACCAGAGUCCCCAGAUGUUCAGAUCAAAAAUAAGAAAAAGAAAUCAAGUAAGAAGAGAGUUCUGUCUGACUCUGAUGAAGAGAUAAUCGAAUCAAAGAAAAAGAAAAGUAGUGUCGAACCAGUGAAGUCUGCAUCGAAAAAUAAAUCACCCCAUAAAAAAAUUAAAGAAGUUAAAGCUUCAGAUAUAUUUGGAAGUGGUCCAAUAAUACGGACCGAUCCUAUAGUGAAGAAAGAAAAGAAACAAACUGAAACUGGAAUUCACUCUGAUGAUGAUUUUGAAAAAAGCCUAUUAGAGAUUGAUGCUAUUGAAGAAUCAGCACAAAAAACAUGUGAAAAAGAAACAUCAAGGGAGUUAAAUACCUGUGAUAGUGAAAAUCAAGAGCUCAAGAUUGUGAAAGAGUCUCCAAAUAAAAAUAAGGAACAUACAAAAUCAAUAAAAGAAAUUGAAAUUAAAACUGAGAAUAUUAUUCCAAAGUCUAAUAAAUCCAAAGUCAAUGAAAAUAAAAGGAAGUUUGCAGAUUUUAUUGAUAAUAAUGAACAUAAAAAUGUUGAAGAGAAAACUAUUAAGAAGAAUAAACAGGAAGAUAAUGUCAAAAAAAUAGUAGUAGAACAUGUGAAAAAAGAAACUGAACUUAAUGAGAGUCAGGCAUUUGAUAAUAGCUUUAUUAAUAACACACAUGAUAGCAAUAAAAAGAAAAAAUCUAAUAAAUCUUUAAAUGAAUCAGUAUUAACAGAUGAGGAGAGACACGAAAGGAGAUCCUUUAGUGCUGCAUUGUAUCAACAAUACUUAAAUAGAUCUGGUCCAAAACAUAUUGGCUCCAAAGAAAUGCCUGAGGGCUCACCUGAUUGCCUUAAGGAUUGUGCAUUCCUCUUAACUGGUGUUUUAGAUUCUUUUGAAAGAGAAGAAAUCACAGACGCUAUUGUCAAAUACGGCGGAUGUGUCAAGAAUGGUAUAAGUAAAAAGGUGACACAUGUACUGGCGGGUGAAGAUGCUGGCCCUGUUAAAAUGGCGAAAGCUCAAGAGUUAGGUAUUAAAAUAAUUAACGAAGAUCAAUUCCUACAAAUGAUAAGAGAUUCUAUUAAUAAAGAUGUGCCAAAUAAUAGAAAAGAAACAAAAGAUGAAAAAACCCCGAAUGGAAAAGCAAAAGCUGAUCACAAAGCAACAAAAAAUAAAAAACUUGAAAAGUCAAGUAAUGAAGAAUCAAAUGGGAAGUCGACAAAAAAUAAGAUGAAACAUAAUAAAUCAAGUGAUAAACAUAGAGAUGAAUCUAAGAGCCCACAUCGAAUCAAUAAUGACUCAAUAGAAAAUAAUGUUACAAACAAAGAGAAAUCGGAGUCACCUGUCAAAACAGACAAUGUAAAUGGAGCUGUAUUAGAAUCAUGUGGAAGUAUAGAAUCUACUACACCCAGCAUAAUGUGGGUAGAUAAGUAUAAGCCUCAAAACUUAAAACAAAUUAUUGGUCAACAUGGUGAUGCAAGCAAUGUUAAAAAACUAUGCAAUUGGUUAUCAAAAUGGUACCUAAACAGAAAGGCAAAACUGCCCAAGCCCAGUCCGUGGGCAAAAAACGACGAUGGAGGUUACUACAAAGCGGCUCUACUAUCGGGGCCACCUGGAGUGGGUAAGACAACGACCGUAUCACUCGUGUGUAAGGAACUAGGCUUCGAUAUGGUGGAAUUUAACGCGUCCGACACUAGGAGCAAAACCCUCAUCAAAGAACAGAUCACCGAACUGCUCACUACCAACUCCCUCUCGGGAUUUGCUAGAGGUAACAUUGGAAAACAGGCGAUGACAAAGAAACAUGUUUUAGUUAUGGAUGAAGUGGAUGGUAUGGCUGGCAAUGAAGACAGAGGCGGUCUCCAGGAGUUGAUAGGAUUAAUUAAGUCUACAUCGGUGCCGAUAAUAUGCAUGUGCAACGACAGGAACAGUCAGAAGAUGCGAUCUCUUGUCAACUACUGCUACGAUUUGCGUUUCAACAGGCCCAGGCACGAUCAGAUUAAGUCGGCUAUGAUGUCGAUAUGCUUCAAGGAGGGCGUGAAGGUGCCCCCGGCGGCGUUGUCGCAGGUGAUAGAGGCGGCGGAGCGCGACGUGCGCCAGACGCUGCACCUGCUGUCCGUGUGGGCCGCCAGACCGGAGGCGCACAUCGGCCACAAGGUCAAAGACGUCAGACUGGGUCCAUGGGAGGUUACCAGGAAAGUAUUCUCUGAGGAGGAGCACAAGACGAUGAGUCUGCACGACCGCAGCGACCUGUUCUUCUACGACUACAGCCUCGCUCCACUCUUUGUCCAAGAAAACUACCUCCAGGUCACACCGCAUUGUCCCAAAAAGGAGAUAUUGGAUCGCGUGAGUCAAGCAGCGGACAGUAUCAGUUUGGGUGAUCUAGUGGACGCGAGGAUCCGCACCAACCAGGCAUGGUCUCUGCUACCAAUACAGGCGAUGUACUCGUCUGUGAUGGCGGGGCAGGCGAUGCGCGGUCACGUGUCCGCACAGAUACAGUUCCCCGCGUGGCUCGGGCGGAACUCGCGCGCCAACAAAAUGAAGCGGCUGUGCCAGGAGAUACACGCGCACACGAGACUCAGUACGUCCGGUUCGAAAUCGUCAAUAUUCCUGGACUACUGCACUCAUUUGCGCGACGCUAUAGUGAACCCUCUGAUCAAGGAUCGUAACGACGGCAUCGCCAAUUCCAUGCAAGUGCUGGAAUCAUACCACCUCUUGAGGGAGGACCUGGACUCCCUCACUGAAUUGUCCCUGUGGCCAGGGCAGAGAAAUCCGAUGCUGUUGAUCGAUUCCAAGGUAAAAGCAGCGAUGACUCGCACGUACAACAAGUCGGGAACUGCGUUGCCGUACGCGCCGGGUACCAUCAAGAAAGUUCGCACAAAAGACGACGGAGAACUCGGCGACGAACUCGACGACGAAACCUACGACGUUGACGGGGAAGAAGACAGCGAUCCAGAAAACGACGUGCUUAUUAAGAAGAAGAAAACAGAAAAGUCAGCAGGAUCCAGUAAAGAGAAAUCUAGUUGUAAUAAGGAAAAGGCUUGUUCGAGCAAAGAAAAAGGAAUUCAAGUAAAGAGAAGAAAAAUAAAAAACAUGUUGUAAAAAAACAUCUUUAA